AUGUAUCCGGCUGGGAUCAGCAUUACCUCAAAAGGUAUAUUUGCAUAUAGCGCGCGAAGGGAGAAAGGCGUUUAUGAGGUCUGCGAGGAAACGAGGAAGGGGAUUUUGCAGCUGCUCUUCAUCGACUGUUGGUUUGGAUCCGCUCUGUGACGGGAGACGGCGUUUGAACGGUGCACACUGCUGGAUCUCCGGUGGCCUGCCGGUGGCGCUAUCACUCCGAAAGGCUUUUCCACCGACUGUGGAUGCUUCAAACCAAAUCGCAUAACCGGGUCUCGUAGCUUUGAGAAAAAACCUGGAAAUACCUGGAAUUAUAGGACUACAUCAUCCCAAGCCCUUGCCAAGGGACUUACUAAUAGUGCCCAGGCACUGGAUCGGAAAGCUUUACAUUCCUCUUUACUUUUGAAUAUACCAACAGACCAAAAAAAACAAAGAAAAACAAACAAAAAAAAAAACGAGAGCUUUAACACUAGCGAUAGAUUACGGCCAUCCGCCUGCCAUUGCACCAAACCUGCUGUGACCGCAAGGGUUGUGACCUUUCUGGCGCCCACUUCAAACGGACACUUGAAAAGAAGGACGCGGUCAGAGAGGGCUUCCGAGCGGUGCCAACUGAAACCAAAAACCCCAUCAGGCCUGGAUGCGAUGAACGCCUCAUGUAGGCAUCAGCAUGGAAAGCUGUGAGUCUCCCGUGGUUUCUGGGACAGACGAUGGGCUUGGCUCCUCCGCCACCUCCCAGCAGCAGCACCAUCCACAACCCUGGAACGAUCAUCCUAACGCACAGGUCCCACCUUGCAACCAGCCCCCUUCCUUGGAGCCCCUGUCUCUCUCUGCACCCCACUCAGCCCAGCUCCAGAAUCCCAGCACACCCUGCGAGGCUGUAAGAGAACAGCAGCAGCAAACACUGUCACAGGCUCACAGUGAUAAUUCCACUACCAGACGGCUGCAACCCAAAAGAGAGGGGUUAGAGGAGGAGGAGCAAGAGGGAGUAAGCUGUGGAGAAGAGGACGAAGACUUGGAAGAAUUGGAUGAAAUGGAGAUUGACAGCUGCUUCCCUAGUCUGCAGCCCUUCCCUGGUGUACCUAUGGUGCCAAGUGGAGGGGGCAUGCCCAUGCUCAUGCGGCAACAGCCCUCCCAUCGGAGGGGAGUCACAGAGAGUGGAAGCGAAGAAGGAGAGGAAGAGGAGGAAGAGGAGAGUAGUGAUGUGGAAAACCUGGCUGGAGAGAUAGUCUACCAGCCUGAUGGCUCUGCCUACAUUGUGGAGAGCCUCAGCCAGCUGAUCCAAAGCGAUGGGAGCAUGGAACCAGGCCUGCUCUCCUCAAACUCUCUCCCCAGUGGGGGAAAACCAGGGGAACCUGCGGGGACCUCUUCUUCGGUGUACCCUCAGAUCAUCAACACGUUUCAUAUAGCCUCGUCUUUCGGAAAAUGGUUCGGCUCCUCAGACCAAGGUUUCCCCAAUACCUCAACCCUGGCAGGCCUCAGUCCUGUCCUGCACAGUUUCCGCGUCUUUGAUGUGCGGCACAAAAGCAACAAGGAUUACCUGAACAGUGACGGGUCUGCCAAGAAGUCCUGCGUAUCCAAAGAUGUCCCCAACAACGUGGAUUUCUCCAAAUUUGACGGCCUGGCCCUUUAUGGCAAAGGCAAGCCCAUCCUCAUGUGUUUCCUCUGCAAGUUGUCUUUCGGCUACGCACGCUCCUUUGUCACUCAUGCAGUCCAUGACCAUCGCAUGACCCUGUGUGAGGACGAGCGCAGGCUCUUAGGCCACAAGCAUGCAUCGGCGAUUAUACAGGGCAUUGGGAAAGACAAAGAACCACUCAUUAGCUUCCUAGAACCAAAAAAUAAAAACUCUCCUCCACCGCCUACCCUGGUACCCAUGAACUCAGGCCAGAGCUUCUACGGCACGUUCAGUGGGGUUCAUUUAGAAGGGGGCAGCAGUAGUGAGGGAGGUGAGAGCCUCCUCAACAAAGACUCUGACUUGGGUCUCCAGCAACAAGCCCUCCUCACGUUGGGGGGUCUUGGCAGCCCCAAGCCCUCCCUUACCUCAACCCCAGGCCCAGCCAAAGACUCCAACACUCUGUCCAAGCAGGGUAGGAGAACAGAGGGGUCUGUGGGGAAAGAGGGGACUCAUAGAGGGGAGGAUGGGGAUGCAGAAACCUGUGAAAGAAAGGCUCUCCUUCAUGGUGAGGAGAUGGCCUCAGAGGAAGAGGAUGAGCUUCUUUUAGAAGAAGAGGAUGAAGAGGUAGAGGAUGAAGGCACUGCGGUGGCCUGUAGUGGAAGUAGCAGCAGCGGUGGCGGAUUUGUGGGGGAACCGGCUGUCUCAAACCAAAGCAUCUCCAAAUCUCCUUUAUUAAUGCCUAGUAGCGCUCUCCAGCCUUCUGCUUGUCUCUCUGCAGCCAGCCCCAAACUCAGCAGCAAAGCCUCUGCUUCCAUGUCCUCCUCUUCUAUCAGAGGGUCAGAGGACGGGAUGGCUGCAGACGGUGGAGGGAGAACUUUAGAUCUCUCUCUGAGCUUUAACUGCCAGGGGUCCACACUCCCCGCGGCAAUCGCUGGCAGAGGGGGAGAAGAGGAUGGGGCCGCAUGUUCCUCUGCGAGCACGUCCUCCCCUCUUGCGUCCAAUGCUGCUGCUGAGGAAAGUGCCAAUCGAGAUAGUGCCACAGCUCCUGAACCAAAUGAAUGCCCAGCAGAAGGAGAUGAGGACAAUGGUGCCCUCCUUCACCACCACCACCACCUUCACCACCAUCACCACCACCCGCACCCUUCACCCAAUGCUCACAUGCACCUCCAUCACACAGCUGCUUGUGACAUGUCAGGAAUGAGUGAGUGCAGCCAGAACCAUGGGGCUGGGGUCAGUGGAGGGAGUGGAGUGGAGUGCCCGAAGUGCGACACUGUCCUAGGCUCCUCUCGCUCACUGGGUGGCCAUAUGACCAUGAUGCACUCGCGGAAUUCGUGCAAGACACUGAAGUGUCCCAAGUGCAACUGGCAUUACAAAUACCAGCAGACCUUGGAGGCCCACAUGAAGGAGAAGCACCCUGACUCUGGAAGCUCCUGUGUGUACUGCAGCAGUGGACAGAGUCACCCUCGCCUUGCCCGUGGGGAGAGCUACACUUGUGGCUACAAGCCCUUCCGCUGUGAGGUCUGCAACUAUUCCACUACCACCAAAGGCAACCUAAGCAUUCAUAUGCAGUCUGACAAGCAUCUUAACAACAUGCAGACGUUACAAAAUGGAGGAACUAUUCCGACCGCUGGUGAACAGGUGUUUGGGCAUGCACCUGGAGGGGUGGUGCCUGUUUCUUCUGCUACCCAGGCCAGCAGCCAUCAUCCUAGUCACCACCAUCAUCCUUCCCAGUCCUCCACCCACAUGGCAGGGCCCUGUGGUGCCCCUUCACCCACCAAGCCAAAAAGCAAGCCCACCUGGCGGUGUGAGGUGUGCGACUAUGAGACCAAUGUAGCACGUAACCUGCGCAUCCACAUGACGAGCGAGAAACACAUGCACAACAUGAUGCUGCUUCAGCAGAACAUGACCCAAAUGCAGCACGGCCGGCUUGGUCUAGGCGCCAUGCCUUCACCCUCAGAGGCUGAGCUGUACCAGUACUACUUGACCCAAAACAUGAGCCUGCCACCGGGCCUUAAGAUGGACCCAUCUGCAGCUGAUGCCCAGUUCUUGCUUGGAGGUUUUCAUCUGGACCCCAACAUGGCGGCUCUGGCCCCAGCACUAGUUGGAGGGGACAUUGCAAUGGAUGUACGCCUGGGUGGGGGACAGCUGGUCUCAGAGGAGCUGAUGACCUUGGGUGAAAGCCUAUCCCAGACCAGCGACCCCUCCCUCAAACUCUUCCAGUGCGCCGUGUGCAACCGCUUCACUACCGACAACCUGGACGUGCUGGGCCUGCACAUGAGCGCCGAGCGCUCGCUCCCAGAGGAGGAGUGGAGAGCGGUGGUGGGCGACUCGCACCAGUGCAAGCUGUGCCACUACACCACGCAACUCAAGGCCAACUUUCAGCUGCACUGCAAGACUGACAAACAUGUGCAGAAGUAUCAGCUGGUGGCGCACAUCAAGGAGGGCGGCAAGGGCAAUGAGUGGCGCCUCAAGUGCGUGGCCAUUGGCAACCCUGUGCACCUCAAAUGCAAUGCCUGCGACUACUAUACCAACAGCCUGGAAAAACUGAGGAUGCACACGGUCAACUCCCGCCAUGAGGCCAGUCUCAAGCUGUACAAGCAUUUGCAGCAGCACGAGAACGCUGUGGAGGGCGAGUCGUGCUACUACCACUGUGUCCUGUGUAACUACUCCACCAAGGCCAAGUUGAACCUCAUCCAACACGUCCGUUCCAUGAAGCACCAGCGCAGCGAAAGCCUGCGGAAGCUGCAGCGCCUGCAGAAGGGAUUGCCCGAGGAAGAGGAGGAGUUGAGCGCCAUCUUCACCAUUCGCAAAUGUCCUUCUGCCGACACGGGAGAGCUGAGUGAGGAUGUGGAGGCUGCCAGUGAGACCACCACAGAUCAGGAGGACCAAACCAAAGACAGAGAGUGUGGGGGGGAGAGGGAGCUCACCAAAGGGACAGCAUCCAACCAAUCGGAGAGGGAUCAGACGGAUUCCCCGGUCCCCUCCAAGCGGCCUUCUUCGAGGUCAGAGGCAGCAGAAAGUCCCCUCUCGUCGAAACGCCACAGGACCGCUGAGAAGAGCAGUGGAGAGCAGAUGUACCAGUGCCCCUACUGCAAGUUCAGCAACACAGAUCUGAACCGGCUCAGAAUGCACGUGAUGACGCAGCACUCAGUGCAGCCCAUGUUCCGCUGCCCGCUGUGCCAGGACAUGCUCAACAACAAGGUCCACCUGCAGUUCCAUCUCACUCACCUCCACAGCGUGGCACCAGACUGCGUCGACAAGCUAAUUUCCACAGUGGCAGCAUCAGAAGUACUGCCAGCAAGCAUGUUCAUGCCAGUCCCUGGACCAGAGAAAGAUACUCAAACCGCACCUCAGUCCAUGGUCAACUCAAACUCUGAUGACAUUAAGAAACAAACAGAGGUGGCAGAUGUUGAGCCUGAAAAAGGAGUUUGCCUGGCCUCAGACACUGCUGAAGCACGCAAGUCUCCUCUUGAGGAACAACAGCCUGCAAGGGAUGAUUCCACUGGUUUCCUUUGCUGGAAAAAGGGCUGUAACAAAGUCUUUAAAUCCUCCAAUGCCCUUCAGAUGCACUUCAAUGAGGUCCACAAUAAAAGGCCCCAAUUGCCUGUCUCUGAUCGUCAUGUCUACAAAUAUCGCUGCAACCAAUGUAGUUUGGCAUUCAAGACAAUAGAGAAACUUCAGCUGCAUUCCCAAUACCAUGUAAUCAGAGCAGCCACAAUGUGUUGUUUAUGCCAGCGCAGCUUCAGGACCCUACAGGCACUUAAGAAGCAUCUGGAGACCAGUCACCUGGAGCUGAGUGAAGCUGACAUCCAGCAGCUCUAUGGAGGUUUACUGAUGAAUGGAGACCUAAUGAUUAUGGGUGAUCCCUCACUUGGAGAGGACCAGGGAGCUCUUCUUGAUGAUGAGAAAGAGGGAGACGAAAGUGACCCAGAGGAAAAGCAAAGCCCAACAGGCAGUGACUCUGGAUCUUUGCAAGAAGAUUCUGGAUCUGAACCUAAGCGAGCCCUGCCAUUUAGGAAAGGCCCCAACUUUACUAUGGAGAAGUUUCUAGAUCCGUCCCGUCCUUUCAAGUGUACGGUCUGCAAAGAGUCAUUUACCCAAAAGAAUAUUCUUCUUGUACACUACAACUCUGUGUCUCACUUACACAAAGUCAAAAGGGCUCUACAGGAAUCCACCACCGGUCAGCCAGAGCCUACCAGCAGCCCUGAUAAUAAACCCUUCAAGUGCAGCACUUGCAAUGUAGCAUACAGCCAGAGCUCUACACUGGAGAUUCAUAUGCGCUCUGUUCUUCAUCAAACCAAGGCCAGGGCAGCAAAGCUUGAAGCAGCUGGCGGCACUUCUAGUGCUGUUAACAGUAGUGGCCCAAGCGGAAGCACUUCCAAUAGCACUUCAACCCCAAGCCCUAUUCCAGCCACUAACUCAACUACCAGCUCCAGCAACAGCAGCAGUUCUCCAGCUGGAGCUCAGACAACACAGAGCAUCAUGGGAGGUAAUCAUCUGUCAAGUCAUUCUCACAAUGUUGAGAAUUUGGGUAACUCAGCCUGUCAUCCCUCUCCCUCUGAGAAUCAUGAAUUGAAAAAGAAGAAAUUUGCAGAUAUGCUAUCCUCGAGGAGUCAUCAUCAUCAUCAGCAGCAGCUCCAGCAACAGCAGCAGCAGUUGGCCCAGGCUCAAGCACAGGCACAGGCUCAGCUCCAACAAGAGCUCCAGCAGGCUGCUCUCCUUCAGUCCCAGCUUUUUAACCCUCUUCUCCAGCACUUCCCUAUGACAACAGACGCUCUUCUCCCUCUUCAGCAACAGCAGCUGCUCUUUCCGUUUUACAUUCCUGGGGCAGAAUUUCAACUGAAUCCAGAAAUGAACCCGAGCAGCUCUUCAUUGAACUUGAGUGGAUCUGCUGUUUCAAUGUUGGAAGAACAGAAAAACUCUGCCCAGCAGGCCCAGCAGAGCUGCUUACAACAACAGCUUAUGCACCACCACCUUCAGCAACAGCACCAAUCUCAUUCCCACUCCCAAGGAUCAAGCCAAAUGGCUUUACUUCAGCAGAGUGCCCUUUCUCACCCUGCAGACAAAAAGCCAAAGCCAUCUCCUCACACUGAGAAAGAAAGAGAGCUGCCAAAGGAUAAAGAAAUGAUUGAUAAAGCUGAGGAUCAUGUUCCAAAAGAUAUGUCAGACAAGUCCAAAGAAAAGAAAGAUCCUCCUCAAGCUGUUGUAAAUGUGAACCAUGACUCUGGAUUUCCUCCUCCAAGGAUUGCCUCAGAUGCUCGAGGGAAUGCCACCAAAGCCCUACUGGAGAAUUUUGGCUUUGAGUUAGUAAUUCAGUACAAUGAGAACAAGCAAAAAGCACAAAGAAAGCCAACAGGAUCUCUGUCAGGGUGCAGUGGGCCAGCUGGUAUCACCAGAGUAGUUGACCCCAUUGAAGGAUUAGAAAAACUGGAGUGUGAGUCUUGCGGUAAGCUCUUUUCCAACAUAUUGAUUCUCAAGAGUCAUCAGGAGCAUAUCCACCAGGCUUUCUUUCCAUUCAGAUUCCUAGAGAGAUUUGCCAAAGAGUACAGGGAACAAUAUGACAAGCUGUACCCACUGAGACCUCAGACCCCCGAAGCUGCUCCACCUCCUCCACCGCCUCCACCCCCACCUCCGCCUCCCCAGAGGGUACCAACACCAAAUAUACCCGUUUCUGCUCCUACCCUGACACCACCAACUGCUCCAACUCCUCAGCCUCCAGUUACACUGGCCCAAAUUUCAAUGCCAAUGGAUCUGCCUCUCUUCUCUCCACUUAUGAUGCAGCCCAUGUCACUCCAGUCAUUACCUUCUCAGAUUCCUGCCCAACUGCCAGCUGUGGAGCCCAGUCUGGCCACUGAUCUGGCCCAGCUCUAUCAACAGCAGCUUACCCCUGCCAUGUUGCAGCAACAGAAUAAGAGACCCCGCACCCGUAUCACAGAUGACCAGCUAAGGGUGCUCCGCCAAUAUUUCGACAUCAACAACUCUCCCAACGAGGAACAAAUUAAGGAAAUGGCAGAUAAAUCUGGACUCCCCCAGAAAGUCAUAAAGCACUGGUUCCGCAAUACACUCUUUAAAGAGCGACAACGCAACAAAGACUCACCUUAUAAUUUUAACAACCCUCCAAUUACAACUCUUGAAGAUACAAAAAUUGAUUCAAAGCCACCCUCCCCUGAGCCUCAAAAGCAGGAAUCAUAUGGAAAUAAGAGGUCCUCAAGGACAAGGUUCACAGACUACCAGCUGAGGGUGCUGCAAGAUUUCUUUGAUGCUAAUGCUUAUCCUAAAGAUGAUGAAUUUGAGCAGUUAUCCAAUCUUCUGAGCCUUCCGACUCGAGUCAUUGUUGUGUGGUUCCAAAAUGCCAGACAGAAAGCCCGUAAAAAUUAUGAGAACCAGGGAGAUGGAGGAAAAGAAGGUGACCGACGCGAGUUAUCCAAUGACCGAUACAUUCGUACUACCAACUUAAACUAUCAGUGCAAGAAGUGCAGCCUGGUUUUCCAGCGCAUAUUUGACCUUAUUAAACACCAAAAGAAGCUCUGUUACAAAGACGAGGAUGAAGACGGGCAGUAUGACAGUCUAAAUGAGGACUCUAUGGAUCUCUCUCAUGAAUACUAUACUCCCUCUGGGUCAUCAGGUCAAACACCAAUGCCCUCAUCCUCAAGCCUCUGCCCUCUUCCUCCUUCAUCCUCUUCAUUCUCUCACAUCACGUCAUCUGAAAAGGAGGAGCCUACACCAGCUAACACAUCAAAUUCUUUUGAUGAAAAAUCAAAACACUCUUCAGAAGCAUCAUUGGGCCAAAGAGAGCAGACAUCUUUGAAACAGGAAACCAUUCAUCCAUCUGAGACUCCACAGCAAAGACCACAAAGAGAGGAAAAGACACAUACAGUCCCAAAGAAUUCAAAGCUUUCUUCACCUUCCCUCUCCCAACAGCAACAGCAUAGUGGUCCCUCCAUUUCACAUACCAGUCAGACCUCCCAGAGUUCCCACAUGGCCCUUAAUCCUCAUUUAGCCUCUGCCUCACAGCAGCAGUUGGCCCAGCAAAUGAUCCCGUACCAGUGUGAGCAAUGCAAACUUGCCUUCCCUUCAUUUGAACACUGGCAGGAACACCAGCAACUGCACUUCCUGAGUGUCCAAAAUCAGUUCAUUCAUCCUCAAUUUUUGGAUCGCCCAAUAGACAUGUCCUUCAUGUUGUUUGAUCCUAGCAAUCCUCUGCUUGCUAGCCAGCUCCUUGCAGGAGCAAUUCCGCAAAUGUCCAGUAACUCUGCCACCUCCCCAUCAACACCUACAUCCACUAUGAACUCCCUGAAGAGGAAGUUGGAGGAGAAGGCAGGAACUAGUCCAGGAGAAAGUGACAGCAUGAAUAGUGGAGAGGAGCCACAACGAGACAAGCGCCUCCGAACCACUAUUACACCAGAGCAACUAGAGAUUCUUUACCAGAAAUAUCUGCUUGACUCCAAUCCUACUCGUAAAAUGCUUGACCACAUUGCUCAUGAAGUUGGGCUUAAAAAACGAGUGGUACAGGUAUGGUUCCAAAACACAAGAGCCAGAGAAAGAAAAGGUCAGUUUCGGGCUGUUGGGCCUGCUCAAGCGCACCGCCGCUGCCCAUUUUGUCGAGCUCUAUUCAAAGCUAAAACUGCCCUUGAGGCCCAUAUUCGUUCACGCCACUGGCAUGAGGCUAAACGUGCUGGUUACAACCUAGCGCUUUCUGGCCUGCUACCUGAACAGGAGGCCAUGCAGUUGAAGAUGGAUCCUCUGGAUAUCUCCAGCUAUGCUCAUCUUGCCCAGUCUAACACUGAUGCGCAAUGUUCAUCACUAUCACCUGUGAGCAAAAGCAUGGACUUGUCCCCCAGGGCUCUCCUGAGCCCAACAUCUAUUAAGGUUGAGGGAGCAGAGGAGUUUGAAAGCCCAACCAUUUCCUCAGUUAACACAAACUUUGAUCAAAAUAAACUUGAUAAUGAUGAUUGUUCUUCUGUGAAUACAGCCAUCACUGACACUACCACAGGUGAUGAGGCAAACAUUGACAAUGACAGUGCUGAUGCAAAGCACAGCCAUAACAGUGGAGAUUUUCUCUCUAAGUCUGGAGGUGCAGUCCCCUCCAUUGAGAACGAUGAGCAGAUGUCCUCGGGACUGGUGAGCCCUGCAACGAGCUACUACACAAAAGACUUUGAAAAUGAAAAUAUGAUAGACUACAGUGAAACAUCUAGUCUGGCCGACCCUUGUUCACCAAGUCCAGGGGCCUCUGGAAGCAGAAGCAUUGAUAGUGGAGACAGACCUGGUCAAAAGCGCUUCCGAACACAGAUGACUAAUCUUCAGCUGAAGGUGCUCAAGUCCUGCUUCAAUGAUUAUAGGACUCCAACCAUGCUGGAGUGUGAGGUUCUUGGCAAUGACAUUGGACUUCCAAAACGAGUUGUUCAGGUCUGGUUUCAAAAUGCUCGUGCAAAGGAAAAGAAGGCAAAGCUCAGCAUGGCUAAGCACUUUGGUAUUAACCAGACUUCUUACGAGGGACCUAAGACAGAAUGCUCUUUGUGCGGUGUUAAAUACAGUGCUCGCCUCUCAGUGCGAGACCACAUCUUUUCCCAGCAACACAUCUCCAAAGUAAAGGAUACCAUUGGAAGCCAGCUCGAUAAAGAGAAAGAGUACUUCGAUCGCACGGUUCGUCAGCUGAUGGCACAGCAGGAGAUGGAUCGUAUCAAGAAAGCAAAUGAGGUCCUGGGACUAGCACAACAACAAGCCAUGCAGCAACAAGGGAUGUUUGACACACCUGCCUUGCAAGCCUUGAACCUUCAGUCAGGUUACCCAAAUCUACAGGGGAUCCCCCCUGUUCUCCUGCCAGGUGUUGGUGGUCCCUCCAUACCAGGCUUUAACUCAUCCAACUCAGCUUUAACCCCUCCGAAACCUCCGAACCUUCUGAACAUGCCUGGUGCCAGUGUACCCUCACCUAGUCUCCCCACAUCUGGUUUACCCAACAAGACCCCUUCCUCCUCUUCAUUGGCCUCGCCCAGCCCAGCUCAGGCCAGCACAUCUGUCGCCCACUCGAGCCCUACCCCCACAUCUACAUCAAACUCUUUGAUGACCCAGCCAGGCCCUCGUUCUGAUGCUCCCAAAGAUCGCGAUCCUGAGAGGGCCAGGGAGAAAGAGAAAUCCAAGGAGAAGGCUGAGAAGCCCCCCACACCAUCCUCAGCUGGGGGUACUCCUGCUCCCUCCACUUCUGCUGCCAGUGCCAAGAAAGAAAAACCAGACACUGCUGUUCCGGCCACCUCGAUGCCAACACCUGGCAUGGAGUAUGUGGUCGAUACUGCCCAACUUCAAGCUCUACAAGCAGCUUUAGCUUCAGAUCCAACAGCUCUGCUAACAAGUCAGUUCCUGCCCUACUUUAUGCCUGGCUUCUCUCCAUAUUAUGCCCCUCAGAUACCAGGUGCCCUUCAAGGUGGAUAUCUUCAGCCCAUGUAUGGCAUGGAAAGUCUUUUCCCCUACAACCCAGCUCUAUCACAGGCCCUGAUGGGGCUGUCACCAGGAUCUUUGCUUCAACAUUACCAGCAAUAUCAGCAGAGCCUGCAGGAGGCACUUCAGCAGCAGCAGCGGCAGCUUCAGCAGAUCCAGCAACCCAAAGCAAGCCAAACGUCACAAAACUCGGUGGACCGUAAGGACUCUGCCAAAGAUCCAGUAAAAACAGAGGUGAAAAAGAGCAAUUCCUCAGUCGAAACCUCUUCCACUCACAACAACCUAGCCACUGAGCAGCAUGAAGUGGAUGGCAAAGGUGCAGACUCCCAUCUUAACCAAUAUAUUGUCCCCAAAGUUCAGUAUCGGCUGGCGUGCCGCAAGUGUCAAGCUGUCUUCAGCAAGGAGGAAGCGGCUAUCAGCCACCUCAAGUCAAUUUGUUUUUUUGGUCAGUCUGUGGCAAACCUGCAAGAGAUGUUGCUUCGGGUCCCCAACAGUGGGAAUGCAGCAGAGGGUGGCCUCUACGACUGCCUCGCCUGUGACACAACACUAGAAGGGGACAAAGCUCUCAGUCAACACCUGGAUUCAGCCUUGCACAAACACAGAACAAUCAAGAGAUCCAGAAAUGCCAAAGAGCACGCUACUAAUUUAUUACCUCACUCUUCAGCCUGCUUCCCCAGUCCUAACACCGCAUCUACCUCGCAGUCUGCCACUCACUCAAACAACACCCCAUCCCCUCCGCCAACAACGUCAGCCACCACACCGUCCUCAUCAGCGUCUGCAUCUUCAUGCACCUCCUCCUCCUUCACAGCCACUCCACUCAACGCAACAGCUACAGGCAAAUCAUGGUCCCAGUCCCCUUUCUCCAGAGCUUUAGCUGGGAAGCCCAAUCCCCCUUCGUCUGCAUUGUCUUCUUUUCCUCCAGUUUCCUCUCCUUCAACGGUUACCUCAAGUUCAUUGAGCACCUCAGGGGUCCAGACCUCGAUACCAACAGACGUCUUUACCGACGAAUCUGAUUCUGACAGCAGUCAGAAAUCAGCAGACAGGCUGGGCAGGCCAGCAGAGGAGCCACAACAGCCUGGCUGUCUCAAAGACAGCAGUAGUUGUAGUAGUAAUCUCGCUAGUGUAGGAUCGGACUCCAUCAGAUUGUAAAAGCUUUCAGUGAUGAACAAUAUUUAAAAAAAAAGAAAAAGAAAAAGGAAAAAAAAACACAAGACAAAAGAAAACAAAAGAAAAAAAAGCAGCAAUGUUUAAAAUAUGUUUAAAGUAUACAAACCAAUUUCAGAAAAAGAUGUGUAAAGACUAACUGCAAUUCCAAAGCUUGUAACCAAAAAUUUUAAUGUUAGUGGAUUGUUUUCCCAUAACAACAUGCUGGUUUUAGUUUAUUACAACUCCCAAUAUAUAUAUAUAUAUAUAUAUAUAUAUAUAUAUAUAUAUAUAUAUAUAUAUAUAUACUCAUGCAUAAAUGAAUAGAGAUCACAGCAGUUAACAGUCGGUUAUUGCUAGUGGAAUGCUGUAUUGCAGUGGACUGCCUCAAAGUUGUUUGAAUGGCCCCAAAAUUCUCUCUACAAAGAACGAGUCAACAAGAUGUCCCUUGUUUGCAAAAGUAUUUCCGCUUAAUAGCACAGUCACAUAAAGCCAGUAUGUACUGUAUGGGAGAAUAGUCUUACAGUUUUCUUGCUAUCUAAGCAUUCAGAUACCAAUGGCUUGCUAAAGAAAAGAAAAAUAAUGUAAUGUCUAUUUUAUUCUCAGGUCAACAGCUCACAACCUUUUCUUGUGUUACAAAAAGUCAUUAUUUUAUUCAUUUUGUUCCAAACAAAUGAUAGACAUUUCUGUUUUUGUAUGACAUUUAUUGGCAGAAAGUAUUCAGAAAUGAUACUAACUCAACUAAAGUUUCUGGGCAUUCAAUGAGUAGCUGAAUUGCUGGUUUUAAACCUUCUUAAUUAUAAUUAUCAUUUAAUUUUUAUUUUUUUGUUUGUUUUUUUUGUUUUUAAUGGGAGAGUUACUAAUCCCAUUUUACCCAGACACGAAAAGCAUUGCAGACUUGGUGGGGGAAAAAGAUUUUUUUUUUUUUUUAGGAAAAAAACUUUCUGUAUUUAUGAUAGAUAUAUACAUUUUUGGUGUUCAGUAGAUUGUUGCAUUGGAAAUGAAUUUAAACAGUAUGGUAGAUUGAAAAAUCUUUGUGUACAUUUAGCUUUUGUAUCGUCCAACUUUAAGGCGCUUCAUUUGAUGUUGUCUUGGUCAUUCCAAUAGACUAGAUUAAGGAGCAGGAAACGAUCUCUACUCUAUUUCUGUCCAAUUCUGAGCUUCUUGUUUUUGUUCUCCCAGCUGAAUCUCUUUGUCACAAGGGGUUUCUCACCUUUGGUUGGUGCAGCAUUGACCAAAAGCGAAGAGAAAUCUGGGGUGUGUUUGAAAAUUGUUCAGUUAUAUUUGUGUUACCUUAGUGCACUUACCACUGUCUGACUUUCUCUAUUUCUUUCCUUCUUUCUAGCUAUCUGUCUGUUCCUCCUUUCUUUCCACUUUCUGUACCCCCUGCCUUUGUAGAUUUGGAGAUAACUGCCUCUCCUUUAGCACUACAAAGCAGAUACUUGUUUCCAUGUAGUGUGGCUGCAGUCUGCUAUAGGCUUUAUGUUCAUUUCAACUUUUGUGUUGUCAUAUAUGAAAAUGAAAAAAGAAUAAUAAUAAUAAUAAUUCUCACGCUUUAAAACAAAAAGAAAAUCCAAAGACUUAACACUUUCACCAUUGGUGCAUAAAGAUGAGAAAAGAGGCUUCUUUAUACUUGAGAAUUUGUUGCUGUUUUUAAGGAAAGAAAACAAAGUUUUAAAAUAAAAGAAGUACGCAUCAGAGUUGCCGUUUUUGCUUCUUUGCAAGCAGAAAGGUGGCUUUUUUACGUCAAAUACUAAGAAAACCAAAAAUCAAAAAGGGCCCUUGUCCUUGCAUUGUGGAGUAGCACCGUUACAGAGCCAUUGCAGUUUGUAAAAUAGAGGUUUUGUUGAAGUUUGUCACACAUGAAAUCCAUUUUUUUUUUUUUUUUUUUCUGUAAAAAAAUAUAUAAGGUCUGGUCUUUAAGGACAUAUGUUUUGCUGCUAAUGUAGAUUUGGAAAGGAAGAAUACCUAGAUGCAUGCUUCUUUUGCUUUUUGGCUAAGCUUUAAGAAAAAAGAAAAAGAAAAAAGAAACAAACAAUAAACCAUUUCCCUGCCCCUGCAACAUCUUUUUGUUCCCUUCUUGUUGCAAAAACGGAACUUUGAAGACUGUGAAUAUACGUUCCAAAGGACAUUUUAGCUUAUUUUUUCAUUUUUGAACAGACCAAUGUUAAAAGCCAAUGAUCUCUAAUCUUUGUAAAAAAAAAAAUAACAGUGCAUUCCAAAUACUACACCUGAGUUUUAAUUUCUUAAGCAAGGACUGCUUCUUUUUAUUCAAAUUGAGUAUAAGUCUAUUUUAUCCCAUUUCUAAGGUGACUGUAAGCUGUUGUGUAACUCUGCCAUCAUGGAUUGCUGAAUAUCACCUCACUCCGAUUAUGAUGUGUCAAGAGUGAACAGAAUCCCUGCAGCCAUUAAAUGACUUUACUCACUUGAACUAGAUCACCAAGUCAUAGUGGUUACCAAAAAUGUACAUACUGCAACCUGUCUGGUAUGAUCCAACCAUCUCCCUGAUCCAGUGUCAUCAUGCUUCUUGAUUUAGAACUAGUCUCAGAACGAAAGGCUGUUCGGGCAAAGCCGGCCUCCCCUCCUGGAAAAGCGAGUAGGGAAUUCGUUGUCUGCAGGGUGUAAAGCCAUUUUCAUGCUGGAAAUGUCUGUUGCGGGUCUGUAAGGGGCAUUUUCAUUCCAAAGCAUUAUACGACCGGGGAAAGCAGGAUUUGUUUUAGGUGUCCCUUGUUUUGCGUGACGACAAGGUAGAAGUGUCCAAAGAGGUCCCUCACUCCAAGUCAUUGCAAUGGAAAAUGGUUGCGUUUUAGCGAAAUGGCCCCCAUCCAAUCGUAAAUGGAAUUGCUCUUUAUUUUCUUUUCCAAAUCAAGUCAUUUUUGAAAUGUGUAAAAGAUGCUUUAGGGGGGCGCAAACAUAUUUGGCUUUAGUAACGUAUUUCCACACUUGUCCAGGUGUGUAAACAAGCAUUACGUCUUGCAGAACAAUUUGAUUUGGUGUUAUUUGGUGUGCAUGCUAUUGAAAUUGGGUUCCUUUGAUCUGCAAGCUGAUCCACUCCUCUCAAUCCAUGUUAUCUAUUAUAUUGUUCAUAAUUAUUUUUGAGAAGUCUGAUAUUGUAUAGUUUAUUUUUGAAUGCUUUGCAUUGUUUUGGUCUCAGAUAAUAUCUUUAUGGUUAUUUUCAUAUAACUGUGUAUUUUAUUUUCCUUCGUUUUUGUUGUUGUCCAUUUAUAAAUUAAUGUUACAAUGCCAGCUUUAAAUUGAAAUCACAUCUAUUUGUUUUCUAUCAUUCUCUGGCCACUUUAUGGUGUUACAAUGUUCCUAUAUUUGUUUGUCUUGACACAGUUGUGUAUCUCUUGCUUCCAAAGUGUUCUCGUUUUUUAUAGGCUCUCGUGUGGGGCAGAAUCCCUCACAACUGUUUCAGCCAGCAUGGACUUUGUAUGUGCGAGCGUGAGCGUGUGUGCGUGCGUGUGUGUGUUUCAUAAGAGCCAGCAUCAGUCUGAGUUUUUAUACUUUGUAUUCUAUUUUCUACUUUCAUUUCGCACCAAAACAUACUGAACUGCAAAGCUGAAUCUUCAGUAAAGGGGUUUGACAAGUCUGAUGUUCAACACAAUAAUCUUGUAAUGUGGCGAAAGAGGAUACCGAAGCACUGAGCAGUUAUUAUUUUUGUUAAUUAUAUGAAUGUGGCCAAAGCUUCAUGCAGUCGAAAACACGAAAAACUUUAGUUGGUGCCCCUGAUGAGUGUAUAUUUAUUGUGGUUAAUCCAACACGUGGCUGAGAUACAUCAACUCUCAUUGGGAUACUUGAUUUUUUUCUUUUUUUUUCUUUUUUGGACAUUUUGCAAAGAGAGAACGAAAGCGACAGGUUUUGCUGUAGAGGUCAUCCUUUUGCCCACUGUGAAAAUAAACAUGUAUACAGAUAUAGAUAUAUUUAAAGAAGACAUCAACACUUUUCUUUGAAAUGACAAAGAAGGAAAUAAAGAGAAACGAACUCUGGGAAACUUGAGAGAUGUCAUUGAGAUGUCUGAGAAGGCUGUUGUUGACACACCAAAACUGGGCAUGGGAGCCAAAGGCAGGGCCGACGCGCCCCGAUAUCAAGUCAUUAUUUAACUAACACUAUAUGCCGACGGGAGUGGACUCUGCAACCAGUGGACAUAUGUGACACGGAGAGGAAUUUAUCUCCUUUUUCUCUCUCUGGUUCUGCAUCUACUUGGACAUUUUCUGCACUUCUGAACGGGAUGGACUCAAACACUCGCAUACGUUGUCUCCCAGUUCACGGUGUUGCUACCUGUUUCAUUUCCUCUUGCCCGCUUCAGUGACUGACACGUGGUUCCACUCUGGCGUGGAGUCAACCGGAUCCAUCCAACCAUAUAAAGAGUGACUUUACUGUUCAAGGGGAGGGGAUUUUCCUGGGUGUCAUUCCUGAGGAAGCAGAUAAACACAAAAAAGCGAAUCAACCAAAAUUAAUAACCAAACUAACAAGCAACCAAACGAAAAAAAAACAUUUGCUCCAGUUUCAACGAUGAACUGCUGCUGGAGCUUCCUGUUCCUUUAGUGGCUCCUGGUGCCACAGCAUUUUUGAUGCUUUUUGUGUUUCCUUUUUUUUUUCUUUUUUCUCUUUCGUUCUCCUCAAAUUAUUCCUCCUCCUCCGAGCCUCACAAGCACGGCUCUGUGGCUCCAGGUAGCCCAUCCGAGGGUAGAACUUACAGCCUUGCAAUGUACAAAAAGAGCAAGUUAAACCAAAAAUGUUGUUCUUGAUGUCUUUUCUAUACUGUAGUCUUGUUAGCUUUUUGUUACUGUAAUUAUAUGAUGAAGAUUUCCAAACUGUACCAAAUUACAUGGAGACUAACAUACAUAAACCACAUGGAACUUCAGACUUUUAAAGAGAAACUUUUGUCACAAAAACCUUGUUGUCCUAGUUAAGUUGAUUGUAGAUGGUAAUUGAAUAUACUCCUUUGAAAAUAUUUCAUCAAGUAUGUUUCUUGCUCAUUGUGAUACAUUAAAAAGUAUGAGCAUAAAA